GUGACCGUCGCCGUUGCCGUUGAUUUUGCAAGAAUCCGAACUUGAAGAGUGCCGCCAGCUAAACAUCAAACCCGUCUCUGGAAGGGAAGAACGGAACGAAGAAAUGAUCGUCGUCUGGAACGUCAACGCUAGCUUUGGAUUACAGUGAUUUAAAUAUCAUUAUUGAUAGCCGCAAAAUAUGACUAAUCGGAUUCAAGUUAAAUUGCGAAUCGUUGUCCUUGCGGUUUGCUGGACAACGAUCGGUACUAAUGCCUACAGGAAUGUGCAACCGGAAGCAAUCUCAUUCCGACGAGACAGCGUGGAAUCAGUCCCUUCUCGUGGAUUACAAAAGACAGCCGCCUACACCCAGAUUGAUGAUAUCUUUGGAACGAAAUCACUGCCACUGAGAAGUGCUGUUGAAAGCAUUCCGGCAAACUUAGUUGAUGAACAUCUACCGCUGCGUGAUGCAGUUGAGUUCCGCAUUCUGGAUAUGGAUAACGCCAUCGAAGAUGUCGUUAGCGAUAUCAAGUCGGUGGUUACGCUGGAACAACAAAGAAUUGAAUCAGCGGAAGUCCUAGACUAUCGAGCUCAAUCGAAUCCAUUUUUUCAGAACAAGUAUGCAGCAUAUUCAUUCCCUACGCAGUACGAUACGAGGAAUCCACAGCCGUUCCGAUACGGUUCGCCGUAUCAACAGCUUGUGGAUGUAAGCACGUUGAAACAAUUACCUAUGGUGGAGUACAAUCAUAUUCAAAGAGUUUCCAGUCUUAAGCUAAGUCGCGACGAUUACAAAGUUGUCUGCCAUAUGACCAACUGGGCUUUCUAUCGAAAGGACGAGGCACAAUUCGUACCCGAGCAGAUCGAUAAUAAAUUGUGCACGCAUAUAGUUUACUCAUUUGCAUCGUUGGAUCCUGCCAGUCUAAUCAUGAAGGAGUUCGAUUCGUGGGCGGAUAUAGAGAAUGAUAUGUACAGACGAACCAUUCGCGCAGGUGGAUCGGAUGUACCGGUCCUUCUUGCAAUAGGUGGUUGGACAGACUCGGUCGGCAAUAAAUAUUCGACCAUGGUGAGCUCUGCCCAGAGCCGCAGAACAUUUAUACAGAAUGCGGUUUUCUUCUUAAAGACACAUGGAUUCUCGGGUUUACAUUUUGAUUGGAACUAUCCGGUGUGCUGGCAAAGUGAUUGCUCCAAGGGACCGUCAAGUGAUAAACCGAAUCUCACCAAACUGAUGAUGGAAAUGCGACAAGAGUUUUCCAGGGAGGGUCUGAUUGUUAGCAUGAGCAUAUCAGGAUACAAAGAAGUUAUUACCGAGGCUUAUGAGAUUGCUCAGCUAUCCAACAUAGUUGAUUUUAUGACUGUCAUGACGUACGACUACCAUGGAUCAUGGGAGACUCAAACGGGUCACGUAAGUCCCUUGUUUGCAAGUUCGGGAGACAAAUAUCCUCAAUACAACGUCGAUUAUGCCAUGCAAUUAUUGGUUAAAAUGGGUGCCCAAAAGGAUAAGCUGAUUAUGGGUGUACCCCUAUAUGGCCAAAGUUUCACCUUGACACGAAGUAGAGACAGAAAUGAAGCUGCCGGAUUUGGGACGCCUUCGUCAGGUCCCGGGAACGCCGGUGAAGACACUAAGCAACCGGGAAUGUUAGCAUAUUAUGAAAUAUGUCAAAGAGUGAGAAAACGCAAGUGGAAGGUCGGAAGAGACUCUUCGUUAAAAUCUGGACCGUAUGCUACGUACCUGGAUCAAUGGGUUGGGUAUGAUGAUCCCGUGUCGGCAACGGUCAAAGCUCAAUAUGUAAUGAAAGCCGGAUAUGGAGGUAUUUCUGUUUGGACAAUUGACUUAGAUGAUUUCCAAAAUAGAUGCUGUGAGGAACGAUAUCCAGUUUUAAGUUCUAUUAAUCGGGUGUUUGGUCGUUUAAAAUCUCCUCAGCCAACAGUAGUAGACUGUACACGUCCAGCUCAACCAGUAACUCCUGCACCUGCCGAAAUGACUAUCGGCGUAGAUAAUGGUGGUGGAGGCGGUCCAGCUGCUUCAACUACUUCCUGGCCGACGUGGCAAGAGCCGUCAACAACUAAGAAAUCAACAACCAGCACUACAACAACCACAACUACGUCAACUACAACUGAGCAACCAACUACAACGACUCGUCGGUCAACCACAAGAACGACAACCACACCUACAACUACUAGAAGAACCACUACCACUACAACCUAUGUUCCUCCCACAACUACCGUUGGAACAACAAUCCCUGCUCCGGGAUUAGUCCAGCCUGAAUUAACCGAGGGUGAGCCCUGUGAACCGAAUCAGUACAAAGCUCAUCCGCACAGUUGCAAUUCUUACUACCGAUGCGUAUACGGAGAACUCAGACAACAGUUUUGCGCUGGAGGGCUUCAUUGGAAUGAAGCCGCCAGUUUGUGUGAUUGGCCUGCAUCUGCAAAGUGUACAAGGGAUACAUUUGACGCAGUUCCAUCAGUAACCCCUACUACAACAACUACUACAACUGAAACACCUACUACAACACGACGAAGAACCACUACUACUACUCGCUACACACGUCCGACAACGACGACAACUCGAACUACCACACGUCCCACCAGACGGACAACAACUCAACCUCAGACGACGACUUCGCGUGUUCCUAAUAAUCCUCGACCUACGAAAAAACCAGUAACGACCACAAAGAAACCUGUCCAAAAACCGAGCGAUAAAUGCGUCAAUGGUGAAUACUACCCACACAAAAGUUGUGAUAGUUUUUACAUUUGUGUUAAUGAGAAAAAGAUCGCACAACAAUGCGGACCAAGUUUGUACUGGAAUCAAGACGAGAAGAGCUGUGACUGGGAGGACAAUGUCAACUGUGUCAGUCGACUAAAGUACUACAAAUUGUUGGAAAAGUACACUAACUUUGCGUCAUUAAAAGUUCUUUCCGAAAACGAUCCAUGUGAAGAUCAAAGCCACGUCCCAUAUCCUGGAGAUUGCUCGCAAUACCUGGUUUGUAACUGGGGACGGUUGGAAGCUGCUAGUUGCGCCGAUGGGUUACACUGGAAUCAGGCGCUAAUGAUCUGUGACUGGCCAAUUAAUGCCAAAUGCCAACAGACGCCAACGUCAGAGAGUAGUUCUGAAGAAGAAGGUGAGAAUCUACAGGAAGUUGAUCAGAAUAUUGAGCGUCCUUCCAGCAAACCAACAACCACCAGCACCACAACAUCUACAACAACAACAACCACAACUACAGAGAUGCCUAUACUUGAGCCACUGUCGGGAUAUUAUAAAAUGGUUUGCUACUUCACAAACUGGGCAUGGUACCGGAAGGGAUAUGGAAAGUAUACACCGGAUCACAUAAGAACGGAUCUUUGUACGCAUAUUGUGUACGGUUUCGCUGUGCUGGAUUACUCUUCGCUUACGAUCAAGACGCAUGACUCGUGGGCUGAUAUUGAUAACAAAUUCUAUACUCGCGUAGUUGCUGCCAAAGAGAAAGGUGUCAAGGUUACUCUAGCGAUUGGAGGAUGGAAUGACUCGGCCGGGGACAAAUACAGUCGACUAGUAAGGAGUGCUGCUUCUAGGUCAAAGUUUAUCCAGCAUGUAGUUGGGUUCCUGGAAAAGUACGGAUUUGAGGGAUUGGAUCUAGAUUGGGAGUACCCGGUGUGUUGGCAGGUCGAUUGCAAGAAGGGUUACGCCGACGAAAAGGAAGGGUUCGCUAGUUUGGUUCGAGAGUUGUCUGAAGAAUUUAGACCUAGAGGAUGGCUGUUGUCGGCAGCGGUAUCUCCAAGUAAAACGGUCAUCGAUGCUGGUUACGACGUGCCGACUUUGGCACAGUACUUCGACUGGAUUGCUGUUAUGACGUACGACUUCCAUGGCCAGUGGGACAAGAAGACUGGGCAUGUUGCACCCCUGUACUACCAUCCUGAGGAUGAAAUUGAUUUCUUCAAUGCGAACUACUCAAUCAACUAUUGGAUCGAGCUGGGAGCACCAUCCAGGAAAUUGGUCAUGGGUAUGCCACUGUACGGACAGUCGUUUGGAUUGGCAGAUACAAAGAAGAAUGGUUUGAACUCGAAAGCUCCUGGGCCUGGACAAGCCGGAGAAUUCACUCGUGCGGCUGGUUUUCUGGCGUACUACGAGAUCUGCGAUCGUAUCCAAAAUAAGGAGUGGGUAGUUGUACAGGACGAACUUAAACGUAUGGGACCUUAUGCGUACAAAGGCAACCAAUGGGUUUCGUUCGACGACAAGGAAGCCUUACUAAGGAAGGUGCAAUUUAUACGGGCGAUGAAUCUUGGUGGGGGCAUGAUUUGGGCACUAGAUUUAGAUGAUUUUAAAAACCGUUGCGGACAGGGGCAUCAUCCUCUGUUGAGUGCCAUUCGCGAAGGCCUGAGAGAACCACCGAGUGGUGUGGAAGUUGUGCCUCCUACCGUUCCGGAACCAAACAAAGAGGUAGCAACAGUCAGCACGAAUACCGUACCAUCGGGUAGCAGUUCAAGCCACGAGCAUCACCAUGGAUCAACAGAUAAUUCUGAGCAAGACGAAAACGCCAUUGAACUAGAUUACAAUUACAAAGUUGUUUGUUAUUUCACUAAUUGGGCAUGGUAUCGUCAAAGUAAAGGAAAAUAUGUCCCUGAAGAUAUUGAUCCGGAACUCUGCACCCAUAUUGUAUACGGCUUUGCGGUGUUGGAUCGUGAGAGCUUGGUAAUCAAACCGCAUGAUUCAUGGGCAGACAUUGACAAUCGUUUCUACGAGAGGGUUGUGGAAUGGAAGCAGAAGGGUAAAAAGGUAACAGUGGCCAUCGGUGGUUGGAAUGACUCAGCUGGCGAUAAAUAUAGUCGAUUGGUACGAAGUGCUUCUGCUAGAAGCAAGUUCAUUUCCAAUGUGGUUCUAUUCAUCGAGAAAUACGGAUUCGACGGUUUGGAUCUUGAUUGGGAGUAUCCGGUUUGCUGGCAAGUUGAUUGUACUAAGGGUUAUGCAGACGAGAAGGAAAGCUUCGCCAAUUUGGUAAUCGAGUUAUCCGAAGUGUUUAAACCAAAAGGAUUGCUACUCUCAUCUGCUGUUUCACCAAGCAAAAAAGUUAUUGAUGCUGGUUACGAUGUCGUCGCCCUUUCAGAUUACAUGGAUUGGGUGGCUGUAAUGGCCUACGAUUAUCAUGGUCAAUGGGAUAAAAAAACUGGACACGUUGCACCAAUGUACGAACAUCCUGACGAUUUCGAUAAGACUUUCAAUGCCAACUUUACGAUCCACUACUGGAUUGCUCAAGGAGCUGACCCUCGUAAGCUAGUUAUGGGAAUGCCAAUGUACGGUCAGUCAUUCUCACUCGCAAAUGCCAUGGACCACGACCUCAAUGCAAAAACUUAUGGCGGUGGAGAAGCCGGUGAAUAUACAAGAGCUCGUGGCUUCCUCGCCUAUUACGAGAUAUGUGCCAAUAUAAGAAAUAAAAAGUGGACGGUGGUACGUGAUCGCAAAGGUCGAAUGGGUCCAUAUGCCUACAAAGGAGACCAAUGGGUAUCAUUUGAUGAUCAAUUUAUGAUUCGCCAUAAAAGCGAAUAUGUGAAAGCUAUGGGUCUGGGUGGCGCUAUGAUUUGGGCAUUGGAUCUGGACGAUUUCCGUAAUUCUUGUGACUGUGAAGAGUAUCCUCUACUAAGAACUAUCAAUAGAGUGUUGAGAAAUUAUCCAGGACCUGGACCCAAAUGUAUUCUUGAAACAGAAUCUCGACCAACUCGACCAUCUACAACCGUCGCGAGUACCACUUCAGAGACCACUAGAAGACCUACUACUUCUACCACUACUACUACAACUAAACGCACUACUACUACUACCGCUGCUACUAGAAGACCUACUUCCACAAAGCGAACUACACCAACGAGACCUACCUCUACAACCACAGAUCCACUGGAAUACGAAGAGAUUAAUGAAGUAGACAAUCAACAGAGUUGCACUGAUGGACGCCUGUUCGUUUCUCACCAAACGGAUUGUAGGAAAUACUAUAUCUGUCAGUACGGCAAACUGUAUGAACAAAUCUGUCCAGGUGGUCUGCACUGGAGCGGUGACCAUUGCGACUGGCCUCAAAACACCAAUUGCCAGAGCAAAGAAUCUGGGAAGCCGACGACUACUAGGAAGCCAACACCUACCACUACUACAACAAGGCCAUCCACGACUACUGCUCCACCAAAGCGCACCACCCCUAGAAGCACGACGGUUUGGUGGUCUCCGGAAACAACUACCAAAAGACCUGCACGGCCUCCGACGACCGAUCCCGAUUCUCAGCUAACGGGCAGUAACGACUACAAGGUUGUCUGCUACUUUACCAACUGGGCGUGGUAUCGGCAAGGGGACGGAAAGUACACACCAGAUGAUAUUGACGAUAAUCUAUGUACUCACAUAGUGUAUGGAUUCGCUGUUCUGGAUAGAGAGAGUAUGACUAUCAAAACGCACGAUUCAUGGGCCGAUAUCGAUAAUCGGUUCUACGAACGAGUUGUGGAACACAAACGUAAUGGAGUGAAGGUGACGCUUGCAUUAGGUGGAUGGAAUGAUUCUUUAGGGGAUAAGUAUAGCAAAUUGGUGCGAAACCCGUCCGCUCGAGCAAGGUUCGUCAAGCAGGCGGUGGAGUUUAUCGAGAAGCACAACUUCGACGGGCUUGAUUUAGAUUGGGAGUAUCCGGUUUGUUGGCAAGUUGAUUGCAAAAAAGGAUUCCCAGAUGAAAAGGAAAGUUUCGCAGAUCUUGUGAAAGAACUGGCGGUAGAGUUUCGCCCGAGAAAAUGGCUGCUGUCCGCAGCAGUUUCGCCCAGCAAAAUGGUGAUCGAUGCGGGCUACGAGGUACCAGUUCUCGCAGAAUAUUUCGAUUGGAUAGCAGUAAUGACGUACGAUUUCCAUGGCAAUUGGGAUAAACAGACGGGUCAUGUGGCACCAUUGUAUUAUGUCCCUGGGGAUACGUAUGAUUACUUCAACGCCAAUUACUCUAUCAAUUACUGGAUAGAAAAAGGAGCCCCAUCUAAAAAACUAGUCAUGGGAAUGCCACUUUAUGGACAAUCCUUUUCAUUGGCUGAUUCCACCAGAAACGGAUUGAACGAGAAAUCGUACGGACCGGGAGAAGCUGGUGAAUUUACGCGGGCAGGAGGAUUUUUAGCGUACUACGAAAUAUGCGAAAAAGUCAAUCGAAAUGGUUGGGCUGUCCAACGAGAUGAAGACGGAAGGAUUGGUCCGUAUGCUUAUCGUGGGAAUCAAUGGGUUUCCUAUGAUGAUGUUGAUGAGAUUCGCAGAAAAACGCAGUAUUUGAAGCGAAUGAAUCUGGGCGGUGGAAUGAUCUGGGCACUGGAUUUGGACGAUUUCAGAGGACGGUGUGGAUGUGGUAGACAUCCAUUGCUUCGAACGAUGAACCAAGAGUUGGGCAGGAUAACCACGAAGCGUCCUGAAAACUGUACUUAAGGUUUAACAAUAUGUUUAUCGAGAUAUAGUAAAACUACCAGAUAAUCGUACGAGUGUAUUAUUGAAAGAAACGUUCUGAUACUCUCCAUAUUCUACAUCCUCUCUGUUUUCUAUCACGAUGUAACCUGAAGCAUGAGAAUGCUACGCAUUUUCCCGUACUCGGAGAAACUGGAAGUACUUCGAAGUAAACGAGGAUAAAUAUGUUACUUAUCUUAUUUCUGCCUUUGUUGGAACCUCCCUAGCGACUGUGAUGACGAAUAAGCGAAGUUUUUGUGCCCAGCAAAAAAUCCGCAAGACAUCGCAGUGCAACCUCCCUAGCGACUAUGAUGACGAAUAAGCGAAGUUUUUGUGCCUAGCAAAAAAUCCGGAAGGCAUCGCAGUGUGCUUCCUAGCUGUUGCUGCUUUUCUACCUGCUUUGCGCUACUUCUCUUAACUGUGACAGAGGGCAACCCAUGUUCGGCUUAUCCUUCACAGCAAGAGUGGCCGGUGCUUUUGGAUGUUUGUCGUUAGCCGGCGAAGCGAAACUCCACACCUAUAUACAUAAACAACACGGUUUACAAUCGAGGGAUUGCCCUUCCUAUGUUCAUUCUUAGGGAUAGACCGUUCCAGCAUCAAAUUAUGGUCUUGUCAAUUUUGGUCUU